AUGGUUCUCUUCUCAGGUCUGGCCAUUGGAUCUGAUGGCUACAAUGCCGCUGUCAUAGGCAACGUCGAGCUUCUCCUCGGCGCCAUCUACCCAGAUGACCUAACCAACUCCAUCUACUCGCGCCUCAGCAACGCCUUUCUCAUCGGCAUGAUCAUCGGCAUGCUCUUCUUCGGUGUCGUUGUCGAUCAACUUGGCCGCAAGACGGGCGCCGUGGCCACCACCAUCCUCCUCGUCCUCGGCAUCGCCAUGUCCGCUGCCGCCAACGGCACAUCCCCCAAGGGCCUCUUCUGGAUGCUCAUCAUCGCCCGAGGCGUUGCCGGCGCCGGGGCCGGAGGCGAGUAUCCCGUGUCCGGCGCCGGUGCCGUGGAAGCUACCGAUGAGAGCGGCCAGUACCGCAAGCACCGCGGCUUCAUGUUUGCUAUGCUGGCUGAUCUUUCUUCUGAUCUUGGAUAUGUCUGGGGAGGACUGGUUCCUCUCCUUUUACUGCUCUGCGUUGGUCAGAGAGAGGACAAGUAUUAUAUCGUUUGGCGAACCUCUUUUGCUCUCGGUGCGAUUCCUCCGCUGGGCAUCUUUUGGUUCCGCAUGCGCAUGGCCGUUGCUACAGCCUAUCGAAAGUCUGCCAUGAGAAAGCAGCGGGUGCCGUACUGGCUGGCUCUUAAGCGGUAUUACCGGCCUCUUAUAGGAGCUGCAGCCAGUUGGUUCCUGUAUAAUUGGAUUUCAAUCCCUUUUGGAAUCUUUAGCUCAACCAUCAUCAGCCGUGCCAAUGUGGGACAAAGUCUUGUCAAAAAUCUUGGAUGGGGUGUUCUUAUCAACUGCUUCUACAUCCCGGGACCCUUUUUAGGUGGCUACCUGUCUGAUAGGAUUGGCAGACGGCAGACAAUGGCCCUAGGGUUUGCCAUGCAGGCGAUACUUGGGUUUAUCCUGGGUGGUGCAAUUGGCCCUAUCCAGACAGUAUUUCCUCUGUUUGUCGUGCUCUAUGGGAUUUUCUUGACGCUUGGCGAGGUGGGACCUGGAAGUACCGUCGUCCUGACUGCCUCCGAAUGCUUCCCCACGUCCAUCCGCGGCCAGAUGAUGGGCUUCAUCAGCGCCUGGUCAAAAGCCGGUGCUGCGAUUGGGACCCAAGUAUUCACAGCCAUUCUCAACAAGUACGCCAGUAACCCCGACAAGGGAAACCAGGUGGCUUUCCUCAUUGGAUCGGCGUUUGCCGUGCUGGGUGCCCUCGUGGCGUACUUCGUCAUCCCUGACGUGUCGCGGCGGCUGGACGACGAUGACGCGGCGUGGAAGGUUUACUUGGCCGACCAUGGAUGGGAUGCAACGUGGGGAGAUGGAGAGACGAAGGAUCCUGCGGGAGUGAUUUUGGAUCGCCAGGCGGAUUGA